AUGGCUGCCCUGAGCAGGUUCCUCUCGCGUUCCGCGGUGCGGGGGCUCCCCUUUUUCCGGGUCUUGAAAGCGCCAAAGGACUUUCACUGGACUAAGGAAUGCCAGAAAGCUUUCGACGAACUGAAGGCCUAUCUGGCCGAGCUGCCCGCUCUAACCGCCCCUGAGCUGGGGGAGACACUAUUCCUAUACCUGUCCACUUGCAACGAGGCCGUCAGUGCGGUAUUGGUACGGGAGGAAGCGGGGACUCAGAGACCGGUGUACUACGUCAGCCGAGCAUUACAAGGGCCAGAGACGCGAUACAGCCCGGUCGAGAAGCUGGUUCUGGCCUUAGUGCACGCUGCUCGCAAGCUCCGGCCUUACUUCCAAGCUCACAGCAUCGCAGUCUUGACCAACCAGCCCUUGCGCCAGAUACUCACUAAGCCCGAGGUCUCGGGCAGGAUGACCAAAUGGGCCGUCGAGCUGGCCGAACACGACCUCAGUUAUCGGCCCCGUACCGCGAUUAAGGCUCAGGCCUUGGCGGACUUCCUGGCCGAAGGAGCUAGCCUGACCCCGGCGGAACUAGUCCCAACACCCCCGGACACCCCGACAGUGGAGCCGUGGGUGCUGUUCGUGGACGGCGCCUCGAGCAAGGAGGGCAGCGGGGCUGGCCUGCUGCUCACCUCGCCCACAGGGGAAGAACUGACUUAUGCGCUCAGGUUUGAUUUCCCCGCGUCCAACAAUGAGGUGGAGUACGAGGCCCUGUUGACGGGAUUGCGGAUAGCCCACCAGAUGGGCAUUACCGCGAUCCGGGUUCGAAGCGACUCUCAGCUCGUCGUCCUCCAAAUCCGUGGGGAGUAUGAGGCCAAGGACGAGGUAAUGAAGAAAUACCUGGCCAAGGUACGAGAGGCGGUGGCCCUGUUCGAUGCUUUUGAGAUCGAGCGGGUGCCAAGGUCCCAAAAUAAGCGCGCGGACGCCUUGUCCAAGCUGGCGUCCUCCUCGUUCGCCCACCUAAGCAAGGAGGUCUUGGUGGAGGUGGUGAAGCAGAAGAGUAUCGACCAGGUCCAGGUCCUGGCGGUGGAUAGCUCGGCCACUUGGAUGGCUCCCCUCGUUGACUUCCUCAGCUCGGGUACCCUCCCUGAGAACAAAACUGAGGCUCGACAAAUCCAACUCCGAGCUGCCAAAUACGCCUACGCCGGGGGAACCCUCUACAGGAGGUCGUACUUGUCCCCCUGGAUAAAGUGCUUGACUCCCGAGGAAGGAGACUACGUCCUGCGUGAAGCUCAUGAAGGUAUAUGUGCGGCACAUGUGGGGUCCCGGGUGCUGGCCAAAAAGUGCCUCCUCCUGGGCUAUUAUUGGCCCUCCGUCUUCCGUGACGCCGCAGAGCUGGUACAGAGAUGCCGAGCCUGCCAGGUCACGCUUCAUUACGUCACCAGCCAGCUCGGGAAAUGA